UUUUAAUUACUUCAAUGCAGGGCACUUCUACCCCCUUCCUGCCCCUCGGGCACUUCUACCCCCUUCCUGCCUACAGGGCACUUCUACCCCCUUCCUGCCCCUCGGGCACUUCUACCCCCUUCCUGCCCCUCGGGCACUUAUACCCCCUUCCUGCCCAGGCCACUUUAACCCCUCACCUGCUGGACACUUCUACUCCCUUCCUGCCUACAGGACACUUCUACCCCCUUCCUGCCUACAGGGCACUUCUACCCCCUUCCUGCCUACCGGACACUUCUACCCCCUUCCUGCCUACAGGGCACUUCUACCCACUUCCUGCCUACCGGACACUUCUACCCCCUUCCACCCUACAGGGCACUUCUACC